UUUUCUAAAAUUAAAUAUUCUUGGCUUUUUUUUCCUCCCCUAGGGUCACAUGAUUCUUUCAGCUACUGGGUUGAUGAGAAAUCUCCUGUGGGACCAGACCAAGCCACAGCUAUCAAACGUCUGGCCAGAAUUUCUUUGGUUAAAAAGAUCAUGAAGAAAUGGUCAGUGACUCAAAACCUGACUUUCAAAGAGCAGCUGGAAAGUGGGAUCCGCUACUUUGAUCUUCGUGUAUCUUCCAAACCUGGAGAAAUAGGACAAGAGAUUUAUUUCAUACAUGGCUUGUUUGGCAUCAAAGUAUGGGACGGGCUAACGGAAAUUAACACCUUUCUUGAGCAGCACCCCAAGGAAGUAAUCUUCUUAGAUUUCAAUCACUUCUACGCUAUGGAUGACAGUCAUCACUUCUUCUUGAUCAACCGGAUCCGCUCAGCAUUUGGAUCCAAACUUUGUUCCGUUGAAUGUGUAGAAUAUGUGACUUUACAAUACAUGUGGGAGAAGAAACACCAGGUUCUUAUAUUCUACCACUACCCUUUGUGUCAGGAAUACCCCUUCUUAUGGCCAGGGAAUAAAAUGCCAGCACCAUGGGCUAAUACAACCAAUGUGCACAAACUGUUACAGUUCCUGGAGACCACUCUUGAGGAACGAAGUCGCUACGGGACUUUUCAUGUUUCUCAAGCAAUUCUCACACCUCGAGUGAGAACUAUUGCACGGAAUCUAAUUCGUGGUCUGAAGAACACACUUGUUCACAGGAACCUACCCAUGAUUUUGAAUUGGGUGAAAGCACAGAAGCCAGGCAUUAAGGGUGUUAACAUAAUUACAUCAGACUUUGUGGAGCUGGUUGAUUUUGCUGCUACAGUUAUUGCAUUAAACGACCUCCUUUUAGAAGAAGAUGAAUUUGCAACUAAAUCCUGA